AUGAGCGACGCUGCCGAGGCGCACGGCGUGCUCUCGGUGCAAACAGCGCCGCUUCCUGCGCAAAGUGGGCUGUGCGACGCGCUGCAUGCAGAGAUCCCUGACUAUGGGCCACGUCCUAACUAUCUGCAGUCGAGCCAGGCGCAGCAUUGGAUGUACAGCCCCGCAGAGCUGACCCGCAUGCGCCAGGCGGCGAACCAACAGGCAGCGAGUGCACUGGCAGCGUUCGCGAAAGAGUCGGGAGCGGAUUCACCUACCUGCUUGAGCGUAGAGGAAGAGCUGGCAAUUAUCCGGUUCUACUUGCUACGCAUUGGCCGCCUUGUGCGUGCCUUUCAACUGCCAUCGCUUGUCGAGUCAACUGCGAUGACACUCAUGAAGCGUUUCUACCUGCGCAACUCUUGCAUGCAGUUCCAUCCCAAGCUGAUUAUGCUCACAAGCAUCUACCUCGCCUCCAAAGCCGAAAACUACCCAUUGCCGUUGUCGCGGUUUUGUGCCCAGGUGAACGAGAGCGCGGCUGGCAAGCCGCCGCCUCAGCAGCCGUCGGCAGCGCGCGGCGACGUCACCGAAAAUAUUAUCAAAGACCUCGAGUUUGGUAUGGUGCAGAGCCUCGACUUUGAACUAGGCGUCCACGGCGCGCAUCGCGCGUUGUACGGCCUGAUUCUCGACUUCCAGACACUCGAGUCGCCUUUGCAGCGCGAUGAUUUGAUGGCAUAUGCUGGCGCCGUGCAAUCUUUUGUACAGGUUGCACGCCUCACUGAUGCCGAGUUCAUUUAUGCACCGCCCCACAUCGCCCUCGCGUCGUGCUGGAUGUGCGAUGCGCCACGUGCUGCAGGGGGUACUACGGUAGGCAAGGACGUCGUGCAUGCAUGGCUCGCUGCCAAGGCCAAGGCGGGUGCAGCGCACCGCCAAGAGCAGCGCGCCUUGCGUGAAACGUGGCGUGCCAAGCAGAAGGCGGUGCGCGAUGCGGCCAAGAAGGCUACCGAGCAGGACGAGCCGGACAAGAAGGCCGAGGCCCCCGCGCCCGUACCCCAGGCGCCUACCGCACCCGUGGAGCUCAGCGCGGAGGAAAUCGAAAAGGAUGGCCUUGGAAUACCCCAAGACGAGCUCGAAGGCAUUCUGGAAGAGGUCGCCCAGCUCAUCCGCAGCGUCGCGCCCGAUGCGCCGCCCGGCACGCCUCUGCGUCCGAGCGUCGACAUGGAGCAGGUCAAGAAGAUCGACCUCGCUCUGCGGUCCUGCCUUACACUAUUUGAGUCUGGCCAGAGCUCUAGUGCAAAGAAGCGCAGCGCGCAGGAUGACGAGGGCUCUGCCAAGCGCCAGCGCACCGAUACCAAUGGCCCCGAUAGCGACGACGAUCUGUAG